AUGCCACUUAGAAUCACAUCCAGCCACAAAGCCGUCUACGUGCCGUCAUCCGACACAGCACCCGACUCAUCCGACCUGUCCGAGCUAUCCGAAGAUGACGAUCUCGGCCCAGACGACUCUGAAGAAGAUGACACCCUCUUCGACCAUACCGGCUACGAGAUCGGACCCGCAAUAGCGACCAGACAGUUAAGUAUACACCAUUACAACGUGAAGGAAUGGGAUACUCGAGACGCGUACCGGGAACUGUACAAAUAUUGGAAACAAACAAUCAUCAAAUCCUUCGCCAUAGAAGAUACCUUCCACCAUGACGACUCCGAAACCCACAACAAUAUCACAGUCAAGGCCCUAAUCCCAACAUGGCCCGGAUAUAUGGGGUUUAUUCGGUAUAGCAAAACAACAGGAACAAUCACGUUUAUUAAUGCCGAUGCAUACCUCCUACAAUCCACAAAUACCCCAGAAGACAACAAUAACAACAACGACGCCCUCUUCCAAUUCCAAAAUGACCGACUCAAAGCCGUAGCGCACGUCCUACUCCUCUCGGGAUUCAACAUCCAAAUAACCUCCCGAAACCACAUCUGGACAUUCAACCUACCCCUCUCUCCAGUUCCCUCCCCCUCCCCUAACAAAAACAACCCACGAGUAUCAUGUACCGUGAACACCCUAGCCUACACCUACACCCACACCCACUUCCCCAACAACAACCUCACCAUAACCAUAACCACCACCUCCCAAUCCCUCCAACCACAAACCUUCCGCACCUGGCUGCACACAUCCCUGCACCUCACCCUCCCAUCCCAAAAUAAAAAUACAAUCCCCACCCCCCACGGCACCAUCCUCCUCGACCCCACCCACUCCGGAACCCUCUACCUGAACGGGAUCCUCCUCCCGGAGUCCAGCUUCCCCAGGGCACAAUACAAAUACGGAUAUGAUUUCCAGUACGGGAUAUCUACUACGAGUGGGAGAAGGUUAGCGAGUCCGCUGCAUGAACUCGAUCUGGUUUGUUGUAUCUGGGAUGCGGCGAUUUGCGAGAAGUCGGUGUAUGCGGUGCCGAGGUUUGUGGAUAUGGUUUUGGGGAGGCCGUGGGUGGUUGAUAUUAUGGGGCUGGAUGAUGGUGGUGGGAUGGGUGAUGAGGCGGUUGAGGCGGUGUGGUGGGCGAUUGUGGUGAGGGGGUAUUAUUGUUGUGAAGAGGGGCAGGUUGCUGAUGGUAUAGUACUGCAAGGCUGGUGA